AUCAGAAGAUGCUCAAAGGCAUCCCGACCAGGACGCCACCAAAGAAAGAGGGCAGGGACCUCCAGGAAACGGGAAGACUUUCCAGUAAAUUUAACUGAAUACAAUCUCAACCUUUCCUUCGGAGCGUGUCCCACAGACAUCGCUGCCGUUUUACCGGGGGUUUCUGAGAAGAAAAGUGACUCGUCUACCGUCAAUCAGAUGGCAGGGCGGAAGGAAGAUGCAAAUGGGAACUCAGCGGGGAGCAGAGCAGUUGAGCGUUACUCCAGUGAGUCUCUGCCUCUUCCUGACACCCAGCCCUAAGCCCCUGCCUUCUUUCUCCAAGCCUCCUCUCUCCGCUCUUUUCCAGCGUCUUUCCCGUGGGUUUUUUCGUGAUUGACCACGCACGUGAAGCAAGGACAAAGGACACGUUUGCUCUCUGUAAUCUAGGCCUCGCUGGAGAAGGGAUGCGAAUCCUUGUCUUGACCUGCCCGGCCUCCUCUAGGUCAUUGCCAGGAUCAAGAGCUUAAGAAGAUCGAGCUUCGUUCCCUGGCUGGUCUUCAAGCCUCUCUCCCCGGGCCCCCGCAGCUGGCCACACCCUAUUAGUAGCCAUACAAACAUUUUAUUUGGCCUUAGGAGAUGGGUACUGUCCAGCAGGUGUGUCCCGUCACCCCGGCGGGCCGGACCGCUAUUUCCGGGCUGUCCUGGCAACCGAAUAGCGCUGGGCGUGGCUGCAGUCCGGCAACCCCAAACCGAGAUGACCUGGCUUAGAGGACGACCGCAGAGAGUCCGCCACCCGCAGGAGGAGCUGCCCAACCCUCUGCCCUCAGCCUCUGCAUCCGCCCAGGAACCCGCGGCCCAUCCCAACUUCGGGGCAGUGAUAAAGCCUCCGCGCGUCAGGCACCCGGUUGAGACCAGUCACAGACCCUGGAGCCGGGGCUAGGAGAGUUAACCCAACCUGCUGCAGCCGAGGGCCGGGCCGCUGCGAGCGCCUCCCAUUGGCCGCCGAGCCGGCUCUGCGCUCAUUGGCGGAGGCGCUCGGGGGUGGCUCUUGAAGAGAGUCCCCAUUGGCGCUGUGUUCCACGGACUGGAGAGUGGCGGCCCGGCCUCAGCCAGCCACCCCGGGUAAAGGUGCUCCAGCCCCGUAGCUACCUCGCCAAGCUCAUCCUUAGCCGCAAUCUUAGCUUCCUUCGUCACCCUCCUCUUGCUUGUCGCCAAAACACCUCCGGGAGUCUUCCCUCUGAUCCUUUUCUUCUUGUUGCUUUCUUUUUCCUGUCUCUCCAGCUACUGUUUCCCACUCCGCGUUUUCCCAAAAUACUCCCUGGUGCCCCUAGCCUGUAAUCCCACCUGCCACCUUCUAACAUCUGCUCCUCCUUGACCUCCUUUGGUUAACAGAGCCUUCUCGCCAGACUCUCCUACACUUCUCUUUCUCCCCUCUUUUCCACCCGCUGACUCCCAAGUUCCCUGAUUUCACUUCUUGAUAUUUGACCUGACACUUUAGCUCUCUAAAUUUUUACCUGUUGCAGCCUGGACUGCAAAAAGCCAGGUGUUACCCUGAUACCCAUCCCUGCUUUUGGAGGCCAUGGACUUCUUGUUGAGUGGUCUAGCAGCCUGCGGGGCCUGUGUGUUCACCAAUCCCCUGGAGGUUGUGAAGACCAGAAUGCAAUUGCAGGGAGAACUGAAGGCCCCGGGAACCUACCAGCGCCACUACCGAAACGUCUUCCAUGCCUUCUUCACCAUUGGCAAGGUGGAUGGCCUGGCCGCCUUGCAGAAGGGCCUGGGCCCUGCGCUCUUGUACCAGUUCCUGAUGAAUGGCAUCCGACUGGGCACCUACGGGCUGGCAGAGGCUAGGGGAUACCUGCGCACUGAUGAAGGCAUCCACAGUCCAGUCCGCAGCGCUGCAGCUGGGGCCCUAGCUGGGGUCAUGGGAGCCUAUCUGGGAAGCCCAAUCUACAUGGUGAAAACACACCUCCAGGCACAGGCAACCUCUGAAAUCGCUGUAGGGCACCAGUAUAAGCAUCAGAUCUUUCCUCCCCAGAGCUGGAAGGUGGCUCUGGCAGCUGCCAUGGUGAGUGGCAUCGCAGUAGUCCUGGCCAUGACACCCUUUGAUGUAGCCAGCACAAGGCUGUAUAACCAACCCACUGAUACUCGUGGCAAGGGCCUCAUGUACCGGGGGAUCUUGGACGCUCUGCUGCAGACAGCUCGGACAGAGGGCUUUUUUGGCAUGUACAAGGGUAUAGGUGCCUCCUACUUUCGCCUUGGCCCCCACACUGUCCUCUCCCUCUUCUUCUGGGAUCAGCUGCGUUCCCUCUACAACACAUACACUAAAUGAGUCGCUCUGCCAUACCCAAAUCAACACUCUUUGGGCACCUCGGCCUCUACUUAGUAUCUCGGUGACUAUUUACUGACCGAUGGACUUCUCAUCCACCUAAGGAGGACAGCCAUGCCCACUCCCUCUCUGUUCUCCUAGGGUUGAAUCACUGGGAACUGUAAUGUAUGUCCUUCCCUUAAAUAUUGCUUUAAAUUUCCCCACAAAUCCCCCUGUAUACUUCACACCCAUCUCAGGGUUGAAUCAGACACUCCAAAGUAUA